AUAAUAAUAAGAAGAAGUGAGGAUUGGGAAAUUAGUGAAUAUAGGAGAUUUUUUGGGUUUUUGAAAGUAUAUCAAAAUAUAUCAAAAUGCAUGUCUAUUUAUAGAGAAUAAAAUUUUAUGGCCGUUGGUGUAUUUUUUUUUUAUUUUUUUUUAUAUAUUUAUAACGGCAUUAUUACCGUUAAAUUGAAUAUAACCGUUGGGAAAAAGAGAAAAAUUCUGAUUGGCUGAAUUAAAUGGCACUGACGCGUGACGCAAUCUCAUUGGUUGCCUUGAUGCGCGCCAGUUGCCAUGCAAUUCAAAUUUUUUUUGCUGAGAUUGCAACCAAAUGACGUCGUUUUGGCCUGAGGAAGCACAAAACGCGUUGUUUUGGCUGCUUUCUCAACAAGCUAAAUGCGCUGGCGUCAUUUGCUCGUGGGCCCCGACAUUGUCACUGUGCAUCCUUAUUUCCCCUCAAGUCUUGUGCGUUUUUCAAUCUCCUCAACCAUGAGAAGAAUUCCCCUCACUGAAGUAGUGUUUGGUUUUUUUUUUUUUUACACCUUAAGUUUCACUCGUGAGGGCUUUUUCACUCACUGAUGGGAGUGCUCUAAGGUCCUUCAUCAAACUUUUUUAAAAAAAAAAAAAUAAACAAAACAAAACAAACGUGGGCUAAUUUUCCCACUUGUAAACACACCCAAAAAAAGGAGGCGCAGACUCUAAACGGCUAAACCCCAGUACCUUGCUCGGGUUUAACGUUACUCUCUUACGCCCUCUGCUCCCGUUACACAACGCUUUCCCAGUUCCCGCUCAAUCUUCACUUUCUUCAGUCAGUCAUUUCGUCGAACACCUGAGCAACAACAUCAAAGAUACUUGAUUACUCAUGAAAUCCACCAAAUCCACAGCCUUAGCCUUAGCUCAAAAAUGCAAGAAUAUUUUGGCGUCAAAUUGGCAUGGCAAUCUUAAUACCAUUAAAGCUGAUUCCAAAGGAAGCAAGCAGGAAAUAUAUACUUCAAAAGUGAAGUAUUUAUUGAGGAAGGGGAGACCUUACAUUUGGGUUCCUGAAAAAGACUUGCAUAAUGUGAAUACUCUCAUUGACGAACGUGCUUCCUUUGCAGUGCCCAGGCCUUACCCUGGGCCACUUGCAAAUUUACUUAGAUCAAUGAAAAAGCUUCCAGUUCGAAUUGCUUUAACUGGUGAAGUUGUUCCUUUAGGAGAUGAGAAGGUUAGGUCUGCUACUGAAAGUGUCCGGAAAAUGGUAAUGUCUGAACAAAAGAAAAUAAUUGAGUCAAGUUAUGCAGGUUCUGGUAUAUUGAGUUCCUCAACUUUUGGCAACACAUCUCGAAGUGAAAACCUUGUAGAGCUUCUGGACAAUGAUGAUAAUUAUUCAGUGUACAAGUUCAAUGUCAGCUCUUGCAUGUUCAUUGAUGGCAAUGGUGGCAAUCAUGAAGUGGAUCCAGAUGAUUUUGGAACAGCAAAGCCUGACAAAUUACCUCCUUUUACUGCAAAGCUAAUUGAUGGCAUCAAUCAGAGUGGGAUAAGGCGUAGAGCACUAGUUGUUUUUUGUUUUGCCUUCUUAAACGAGAAUGCAAAGGAUGCCUACAUUCUGUCAGUUGAUCAAAAAGGCUUCGAUAUGUUGGCUAAAGUUCUUAGUGGUGGCAGUGAAUACCAAUGGAAAGAAUUCAGGAUCACGUUUGAAGAAGAGGCAGAUGAUGUUGAGUCUUUUUGCAGUAAACUAGUUCAAAUGGAAGAGGCCGCCCUUGAUAAAGUGAAGAGCUGCAGUGGUUUAGGAUAAAUUCUUCUUAUAUUGCUGUCUCUCUGAUGUCUGAUACAUGAGGACAAUCUUAAAAUGUAAACUGGGUUUCCGGGGGACUAAUAGGGGGAUAGGGGUUUGGCGGGCUGUGACAUGCGGCUUAUAAUGCAUAUUACCAGGGUGUUUUGAAAUCCAGGGAGGAUAUAUGGAGGAUAUUUGCUUAUACCUGUCAUAAAUUAGGAUUUUCUAUUGUUUCAUCCAUCUUUUACAUGCAUUGUAUGUCUGUUUGUAUAUGGUUAGCGGUCGUGAGAAACGAUUGGUGAUAAUGAUACCUUUUGUAAUGCCUUGUUCUACUAAUACUGUUACCAUGGAAGAACAAGUGCUAGUAUUUAGUUGAAA